UGCUUACAUGUCAAUUUUAGACGCGUCGCGGCGGCAUUGUGGUCAGCGGCUUGGGUUUCCCGCCGCCGUAGAGUUUGUUGGACGCGAACUUUAUUCAGUCGUCGGUCGUCAAGUCGCAUGUGUGGGCACCGUACUGAUCUACUCUGUCGUGGUUCGAGGCAGAUUUUCCACAAGGCUGAGUAGUGUGGUUUUCUCCGAUCGGGAACAAGACCUCUCCAAACUUCCUGUAUCGUGUGUUGACGUCUGGUUGCUGGGUGACGAGGAGGCUUCGGCCCAGUCAUACUAACAGUUCUGUUCGUUCAUAUCUAAGGCACGCCAAGCAGGCACGGCAUUGACGUUGUUAUAGAAUAUAGCAAGAGUGUAGCUGAAAAUGAUAAACAUGGAUUCUGUGUGGCUGAAGUACUACGAGGUGCUGUGCCAGCGCAUGAACAUGUUUGACGAGUACCACAAGUUCUUCCGCCUGCUCGUGGGCGGGGAAGUCAUCACGACAUGGGAGGAGGCGAGAGUUAGAUUUAACUCGAACCGGAAGCACCGGUCCCGUAUCGAGGCUAACCGGGUGCUGCUGAAGCUGAUCCGGGGCCGGUGGGAGUACGCCUUCCCCGUGCUUUGCAGGAGUCUCAAGGUCGGGUCCAACCAGGGAUACCUGGCAGAGAUGAUGAGAAGAAAUCUCCACACAGACUUGUUGGAGGUGUACGAGUUCCUGGCAGCCAAUAUUGAGAUGUACUACUGGACGGCUCUCAUGAAACAUCUGGGGCUGUCCAAGGAUCUCAUUGAGCGCGCCAAGCGGGAAAAUGCUCUGCCAGAGGACAAGAUCGUCCAUUCCCUGUUGCUGUGGCAGCGGGUGAAGAGACGCAAAAGCCCUCGGCAACUGAUUAAGAAGCUUGACGCCGCCCUGAGGACUGUCGGCUGUCUGGACUUGGCCGAUCAACUGCUUGAGUUCGAGCACUUUCUGGGCGUGUUCGGGAUGAACGUGUGGACGGAGAAGGUGUUGACCGAUGUACCGAUGGACAACAUCUACACACCCCGGGGACCGUCCCGUGCCGCGCAGUCCGCCGGAGCCGUCAGCCAGCAGGACGAGGACGAGCAGAAACGACCGGACAGCGCAGCGUCAUCCACACACAACAGCAUCUUCGACAAGUUCAUCGCCAUCAGGGGGACACAGCCGACACGGCGCUUUAAGCACAGCUCUCGCAACCCCAGGGACUGCGUCACCAUCUACGACAGUCCCAUGAGUUUCCUGCGGGGCGUGGCCUCCCGAGCGUCCGUACGGUCCGCGCUGUCCUGGGACGCCAUGUACGUGCACGACCUGACCCCCCGGGAAACCACCCCGGCGCCCUCCCCCCGCACGCCCAAGACGCCAUGGCUGCCUCCCAUCAUCAACGACGCCGCUUCACCCACCAAGAGAACCGCCAGGGCCGUGACGUUCGGCGGGGAGCAGACCCCGCUGGAGCCGGAGAGACCAGCUAGCACGGCCGGGUCCGACAAGGAGAACAUGGAAGUCACCAGCUAAGCAACUGAUUACGAUGGCGAACACAACAACAAGGUCAAACUGGGGAAGAACUAAGUGUGGCUACGAAAGCAGAAUCCGAGAUUAGCCUUAUAUGCAUAUGACUGACACCAAUGAAGGUUACUAAUGAGAUACUCACUACAAAAGUUACUCAAUCAACUGGAUACGUUUUGAAAACAACCAGACGUUUCAGAUAGCACCCGCUACCAUCGUCAAUAACUGGCAAGAAAG